AAAAAAAAGUUUUUUUUUUUUUUUUUUAAACUCUUCCUGAAAAAGAUGCAAAACCUUCCCUUGAGAACAGCUUUCUUAAUAGUUGUGAAGACUUGCUUUUGUGGCCCAGAAACCAAGGCUGCAUUUCACUGCAGAUGACCACCCUGAUUUUUUUCCUCUGCGGAAGUCAAGAUGACAGAUAUGCUUUCACUGCUGAGUGGUAUGACCCAAAUGCUUCACUCUUUCGGCGUUAUGAGCUUCUGUAUUAUCCAAAAGAUGGAUCAGUUGAAAUGUAUGAUGUGAAGAACCAUCGUACCUUUUUAAAGCGCACCAAGUAUGAGAGCUUACACCUUGAGGAUCUGUUUGUGGGCAACAAAAUUACUGUGUUUUCUCGUCAUCUUUCCUUAGUGGACUAUGGAGAUCAAUAUACAGCACGCAAGCUAGGGAGCCGCAAAGAAAGAACAUUGGCUUUGAUUAAACCUGAUGCAACACCAAAGAUUGGAGAACUAGUAGAUAUCAUUAUUAAUGCAGGUUUUACAAUAACUAAGGCCAAAAUGAUGGUGCUUUCAAGAAAAGAAGCAGUUGAUUUCUACGUAGACCAUCAAUCAAAACCUUUUUAUAAUGAGCUUCUCCAGUUUAUAACAAGUGGUCCUGUUGUUGCUAUGGAAAUCUUACGGGAUGAUGCAGUUUGUAAAUGGAAAACAUUACUGGGGCCUGCAAAUUCUGCAGUGGCUCGUACUGAUGAACCAGACAGCAUUAGAGCGAACUUUGGACAUGAUGGCAUAAGAAAUGCAGCUCAUGGCCCAGAUUCAGUUGCCUCAGCUGCUCGGGAGCUGGAGUUGUUCUUUCCCUCCAGUGGAGGCCAUGGACCAGCCAACAGUGCAAAAUUCACAAACUCUACUUGUUGCAUUAUUAAGCCUCAUGCAGUUAAUGAAGGACUAGCUGGAAAGAUUAUAAAAGCCAUCAUCAAUGAAGGAUUUCAGAUCUCGGCUUUGCAGAUGUUCAACAUGGAGCGUGCAAAUGUGGAAGAAUUUUAUGAGAUUUACAAAGGUGUUGUUGCUGAAUAUAUGGAGAUGGUUACAGAGUUGUGUUCAGGCCCUUGCAUAGCAAUGGAGAUUAUACAGCCUGAACUUCCAAAAGUGUUCAGAGACUUUUGUGGUCCUUCUGAUCCUGUAAGUACUUGCUUGAGUAUGAAUUGAAAUCUAUGUGAACUGAAAUAUUACAGUGUGGUAUGACUGCCAUAUACCUGCUGCAUUUCCUCAAAACAUGGGAGCGUCACAUUAUUAUGGAAGUGAAAUGCUAGACUUCAGAUCAGUUUGCAAAUUCUCUAGUGAUUUCUUCAGUCUUACCUAAACCAGAUGAUAAAAUACUAUGAUGAUAUUUAUGUGAAAAUAAAGUUAUCCAUAAAUCACGGUUAGAGAUGUGUAAGUAUUCUAGCACAAGUCUUGAAAGCUGGAACAAACGGUUAUUAUUGUUGUAUGCCAGUGUAAAUCAGUUGUUAGUGCACUGCAGUCUGUAGCAUUGUUCUAAGACAAAACUACAAAAGAAGAAACAGUUUCUGUGGCUUUUGUAAGGAAACAAAAAAAUGCAAAUCUUACUGUAGCUGUUUGUUAUGCUAAUCGUUCCAGCUUUUAUUUUUAAUUUCUUGAGGUAUGUAAUUGGAUAUGCAUGAUACUGUAAGCAGUCUGGAGAUGAGCAUAAAACAAGCAUAAACGCUGUCUCAAAGGGUUUGCCAUUUUUUGUUAAAUAGCAAAUGCUAACGUACCACACAGAAGCCACAAGCAGAAAUAUCAAGAUGGAGGCAAUGAAAUUAGAUAUUAUAAUUAUAAAUAGAUAUCAUCAUUUCAUGUUUUAGUUGCAGGCUGGGUGAGUUUAACAGUUUCCAUAUGGGAGGGGGGGGGGAAUCAUGAAGAUUUUUACUGGUACUGUAAUUUGAUAUAUUUCUCUUCAGAUCUGGAGAAGUAUAAGCUAAAGGCAUUGUCCAAACCUGUCUUCCCCUUCUGUUUGAUCACACUGAAUGUUACAAAUGUUCCUCUGUUCAGUUAGCAUCUUGUAAACAGAGUAUAACCUGCAACUUUUGGACACCAUCUUCACAGCAGUUGCACUAAUGUAUGUUUGGAAGAUAGGCAGCUGUGUUUAGUAUUUCUGUAUGCUGUUUUCUAUCAGAAUUUCAAGCUAAUUGACUCUUCAAGCAUGUAAAGUGCAUGUGCAGUGACUGUGCCUGUUUUCAAGAGUGAUCUUUGCCUGAAAUGUGUGUCUCUUCAGACUGUGUUACUGGCUUGUCUUUGAGGAAGAAGUGACUGAGUAUUUCAGUGGCCUUCUGUCAUUCAUAACCUGUGUAGUCAGUGAAACUCCCCAAUGAACUUACAGUGAAAAUAUCUGUCUCAAAUAAAGGUAUCAGAAGCCACAUUGGAGUUGCAUUAUGAAGCAAGGUUAUCAUAGAAUCAUAAAAUCACCGAGGUUGAAAAAGACCGUGAUGGAGGGACCUUUAAGAUACAGUGCACUUGAUGUUCUAGUGGUUAAAGUAAAUGUAAGUGUCAUGCAAAUAAUGUAUUGUGACUAGGAGAUCUGGAUCUAUCUGUAUUUUUUUUCACCUGUUUAUAUAUGCUAAGUCCUGGUGUGUGUACAACCUAUUUAGAAAUACAAGUGAAGAAAAGUUUGUAGCUAUAGUACAGAAUGUAUCUGAGUCAUUCUGGCUCCUGUUAAGUAUUUUCCAUUUAGUAGUAUUGAGAUCACAGUGAUUACUUUCAAAGCAAAGUCCUGUUUAAAGUUAGUAAAGGAACUGGAAUUUGACUUACGUAAUGAAUUGCUCUCAGUCACGUGUGCUGUGAAUUAUAUCUCAGCUACGUAGCAAAUGUAAUAACCACUCUGUGGCAAGUCAUGUGUUGCAAUUGGAUCUGAUUGUCAGCAGCACUCUAAGUCUGUUCUUGGUUUUGCAGGGAGAUGGCUGGGACACGCUUCUUUUAUAAAAGGCAUCCAAAGAGAUGUGAUCCAUAUUUUGCUAAAUCAAAGCAAGAUGUUGAUUAGAAAUAAAUUCAGUUUUUUGUCCAAGUCUCUCAUUAAGGCUGAAAAAAGAAUCAGAGUUGUUCCGUUUUGAGCACUAGACUUUAAUAAGCUAGCAAUUUAUACCAAGUGUACAAUGCUAAAAAUGAAGUGGAACUUUGUGCUAUUUUCUACAACUGGGUAAUAUUUUGUUAGCACCGCAGGUCAGUAAGGCUCUCUGCCAAAAAUAUCCUUCGUUAUAAUACAGCUUUUAAAUUCUUUAUUAAAACGUCUUGGGUGGUAUUAGGGGAAGGCUGCUAACCAAAAACCUGUUCUGAGCUUCUUUGUAGGAGAAUAUGAAUAACCUAAGAAAUCUGGAAAGUUGGGUAAAGAUAUUUGUCUGUAAUGAGCUGUGCUAGCUGUUCUUACUCUCGAAAUUACUGUCCCUGACUUGAUUGAGCGGAUCGGUGUCACAGUUCGUGGUCUUGGUGUGUGUAUGUGUGUGUGUCCCUGUUGGAUAGUGAAUGGACAAUGAGAAAUGUUUUUCUGCAGAUCCUGCUGCUUCCUGUAUUC